GCCGCAUGGCCACUGAGAGCUCAGGGAGGCGGCCCAAGGGAUGGGCGACUCUCCCACCCGCUUCCCUCAUCAAAACGCUCUGAGUGGUACAUCCCGAGGGCGGGGCCCGAGCUGCCCCGCGCGCUCCGGCGGGGCUGGGGCUACAGAGGCAGCGACUUGGGGACGGCUACGGUCACUGUCGAGGUCAUGGCGUUUCCAGGGCAUCCUGGCGCUGGCGGAGGCGGUUACUUCCAAGGCGGGUACGGAGGUGCCCCCGGAGGCCCGGCCUUCCCCGGACAGACGCAGGACCCCUUGUACGGAUAUUUUGCCGCUGUGGCCGGACAGGAUGGUCAGAUAGAUGCUGAUGAGUUGCAGAGAUGUCUGACCCAAUCGGGCAUUGCUGGAGGAUAUAAACCUUUCAACCUGGAGACUUGCCGGCUUAUGGUCUCGAUGUUGGAUAGGGACAUGUCUGGCACCAUGGGUUUCAGUGAGUUUAAGGAGCUUUGGGCUGUGUUGAAUGGCUGGAGACAGCAUUUCAUUAGCUUCGACACGGACCGAAGCGGGACAGUGGAUCCCCAAGAACUGCAGAAAGCCCUGGGGACCAUGGGAUUUAGAUUGAGCCCCCAAGCAGUGACUUCAAUUGCAAAACGAUACAGCACCAACGGAAAGAUAACCUUUGAUGACUACAUUGCCUGUUGUGUAAAACUUAGAGCUCUCACUGAUAGUUUUCGAAGAAGGGAUACAGCUCAACAAGGUGUUGUGAAUUUCCCAUAUGAUGAUUUCAUACAGUGUGUGAUGAGUGUCUAAAUCAAAGGAAGAAGAUGGUGGGCACAACCAACAUUCCUGUUUGCAUUUUGCUUUGUGUUUAUCUGUCAUCUGUAAUGUGUGUGACUUAACAUUGGCACAUUCUCAAAGAAUCAUUUUGUAAAGGUUUGUUGCUUUAUAUACAGUUAAGGUUUUUGUUUUUAGUUUUGAUAAUAAAUGUUUAUUAAAAGGAAUUUUAAUAACUUAAGAUCAAGGAUAACACAUCAUGCCUUGAGUUUGGGCAUUCCAUGAGCCAUUGUUAAUCAUGCUUUAUUUUCUUGCUAAGCCACUAUUAUGUACAUUUAAAAUGGUAAAGUGUUUGAGCCAUACUCUGUAUUUUCCAUCAUGUUCUACUAAAACCUUUUAGUGAAUGUGUGAUACUUGUCUUUCCUUUUAUAUAGACGAUUGCCUUUUAUGUGGCAGUAAGUGUUGAAUAAGUCAUUCUUUAAAUAAUUCAUAUCCAUCCUAUGUGCAAAAAAAAAAAAGAGAAUGUGAUGAUCCAAAUCUAUAUUGGCUUUCCCUUUUAUACACAUUUGAAAACCAAAGAACUUGCUAUUUGAUUUUAGCUCUGAGUUUUGGCCCUUGGACUUUCAUGAGUUCAGCCCUUUAGGAUCUAACUCAAGGCUAUAAAUUUUCCCAAGGCUAUGAAUGUGACCAACUCCAAAAAUACCCCACAGAAAUUUGCAAAUCUUCUGCUUUCUGAAUCCCUUCACACACUUAAAUGGCACCAUAAUUGUCAUAAUGACAAUAAGCUAAAGAGGGAAAAGGGGCUCAUGGGAGGAGGGAGUAUCAACCUAGAAACUAUCUGCAGAUUCUCAAGCCCUCCUAGCCACAGCCCCUGAAGACCAGCAAAAGAUUUAGCGCCAAAGUCUGGCUCUGACACAUGGUUUAAUAUCAGAAAUGGCCUUGAUUUUUAUCAGUAGAAAUGAUGCUAGAGUAGAAGCUAUGCCAUCUACAUUGACACUGCAGCCAAAAAAUCACCAAGCCUUUCUGAUCUUAUUUUUGACCACCGAUUAUAAAGUUAGUUCAGGUAAGGUCUUUGCCAAGUUUGGAACAACCCAGUCCAAAGGCAGAGCUAUUUAUUGGUUGCAUGUGGGUUACAAUCCAUUUGGAGCCAUUUUGAUUUGGUAUCAACAAGGAAGGAUUCUUUAUCCACUCACCUUUCUCUACCACAUUGCCCCACCAUCCCCAACUCCCAUCUACACCUAGGUAUUUUCCAAGGGCUCUAAUAUGAACCUUUUUUUUUUUUUUGCUAAGGAGAAGCAAGAUAGAACUAAUAUGCUGAAGGAGAACAAGACUUGGGUUUAAUGGGCUCACAUUUUGAGGUUUGACUUUCUGCCUUGCUUAUUCUGAUGCAUUAUACCCAUUUGUUGAUGAGCUUGGUCGAUGGCCUCAUUGUAGAGUGGAACAAAUAUUGGAUAGACUUGGUUGACCACACAAGAAUCUUGAGUUUAAGUUCUAACAACUUAUUACUUCUUUGACCUAGUCAUUUGACCUAUCAAUCUCAGUUUCCUCAUCUAUAAAGCCUAACAGGGUUGAAAUUAUCCAAUGAGAUAACAUCUAGAGAGGUGUUUGCACAUUUUAAAGUACUACAUAAAUCAGUGAUUAUCGGUACCAGAUUAUAACAGAAUAACGUAUAUGGAAACAGUUUACAUCGCUAAUGAUUUAAAAUCUGCUACAAGGCAGUGAAGUGGGCCGAUUAUUCUGUUCUAUAACUUUCUUAAGCAAAGUUUCCUUAGAUAAUGCCUGAGGAUAGGAAGUGUCCUUUUCUUGACAAAUUUGAAGUAUCUCUCCCCCUCUCAUUAAUUAUAACUGAGGCUCUCCAAGUUACCCUUGAAUCUCAUGUUUCCUUAUUUCUAUUUUAUGUUGGAAUCUAUUUCACCUAUUGUGUACUUCCAUUGUAGCUACACUCAUUUCUUUAAUUAGUCGUUUUCCUCCUUUUUUUCCCCUGAGUUUUGUUGGAAAUUUGUGAGCCAUAUAAAUGAUGGCCCACAUAGUGAAACUUGAAUACUUUGGUUUGGAUUUAGGAAUGGACUAAGUAGAAGUUCCUCUGGUUGUCCCAAUUUAACGUUGCCACAAGAAUAAGAGCAUUUCUGUCUUCACCUUUCAGAUUUAUGGAAUUAAUUAAAUGUUAAGUUAAAGGUGUAUUUAACCUUAAUGAAAUUACAUUGAAAGAGUUCCUUAAUUCCACAGAAACGGUUGCAUGAAGAUGGGUACUACACAUAUUGCUAGGUACUUAAUAAAUGUUUGAUGAAUCAGUGA